AUGGGCUCUAUUGAUACAAUCCCUGCGCCUGAAAUCAAGACCGACAUCGUCAUCGGUAAAAAUGAGGUCCCGAAGCCUCCUGUCGCGGAUGACUUCAUGUACGACUUCAAAUACAAUCACCCUCUCCCGACGACCGACGUACUAGGAAUCGAUAUACCGGCCGAUUGCAAUGCUCAACUUGAGGCAGAGGGCAUCGUGGAGAAACUCUCUACUGUUAUGAGAAAGGGGGACGCUAACGCAUUCGCCGAUCUCUUCCUCGACUAUGGCGUGUGGCGUGAUAAGUUGUCAUUCACAUGGGAUUUCCGUACGUUCAAUUGGCGACCAGCGAUCCUGAGAGCCGCGACCGACUUAUUCCCCCGAACUCGAGCUAGGAACUUCCACUUCCUUAAUCCCGCGCCAAAGAUUGCUCGACCAUAUUCCGAUUUCGCCCACCUGCAAUUCGUCGUUUCCUUCGAGACCGAUGCUGUAGUCGCUUCAGCGGUCAUUAAUUCUGUUCUCACAAAGAAUGAUGGAUGGAAGAUCUACACAAUGCAUACAGUCGCAGAGGAGCUCAUCGACCAUCCUGAAGUUGCCCCUGAGGAUGGCCACAUGACUGGUUUGAUUAGCUGGGAGAAGCAGAGAGCACUGGAUGUUGACGCUGCUGACCCUGAGGUUUUGAUCAUUGGUGGCGGACAAAAUGGAUUGGCCAUGGCCGCACGACUGAAAGCCCUCGGCAUGGACAGUUUGAUCAUCGAGAAAAGCGACGAGAUCGGUGAUAUCUGGCGGAAGCGUUACGAAUACCUCUCCCUCCACUUCCCUCACUGGCCUGAUGCGCUACCGUACUUCCCAUACCCUAAGGGUUGGCCAACCUAUACCCCGGCCCAAAAGCAAGGCCUUUACAUGCAGUGGUACGCUUCAGCACUUGACCUGAACGUCUGGACCAAAUCCACUGCCACCAAUGCCAAGCAAGAUGAGCAAGGCCGUUGGACCGUCACUAUAAACAAGGAAGGCAAGGAAAGCCGAGUACUUCACCCUAAGCAGCUGGUCAUGGCCACCUCGCUCUGUGGCUUGCCCUCAAUGCCAGAUGUGCGUGGCUUGGAUAGAUUCAAGGGCACGAUUCGGCACUCUAGUGCUCAUGACAGCUCUCGAGGCUUCAAGAAAGUUUGUGUCGUUGGAACAUCGUCUUCUGCUUUCGACACAGCUUAUGACUGCUCUCGUCGCGGCAUCGAUGUCACCCUCCUCCAGCGAUCCCCGACCUAUGUCAUGUCUCUUACUCACUCCGUACCGCGUAUCUUAGGAGGCUAUGCUCCGGAUAGCAGAACCCGCGAUAUCCCGAAACUAGAGGAGCAAGACCGGCUCUUCUUCGCAACCCCCUGCGGUCCUGGUGAAGAGCUUGGCAGGCGCAAUGCAAAGGUUCUCGAAGAUCUCGAUAAGCCGCUUCUCGAUGGCUUGAAUGCUAAAGGCUUGCGGACGUGGAGGGGUCAGCGUAACACAGGCAAUGCGACAUUAGGUCAAACUCGCAACGGCGGUUUCUACUUCGACGCAGACGCUUGCAAAGAGAUCAUUGACGGCAAGAUCAAGGUUGAGCAGGGUUAUAUCGACCACUUCACGGAGGAUAAAGCGGUCUUGAGUGGAGGUCGAGAGAGAGAAUUCGAUCUAGUUGUAUUUGCGACUGGUUUCACAAACACGAUCGAAUCUAUCCGCGCUACACUUGGAGAUGAGAUCGCGAGUAGAGUUGGACCAAUAUGGGGUGUAGAUGAGGAGGGAGAAGCCAAGACAGCUUUCAGGGAGUCUGGAGUGCCAAACCUUUGGAUUAUGGUUGGCUUCCUCCCCAUGACUCGUUACGUUUCCAAGCUGCUUGCGUUGCGGCUGAAAGCACUCAAGGAAGGUAUCUCCCACCCGCCAUAUAAGAGUUGA